AUGUACCAUCAGAGGAGGAGGUCGGGCAACACGUCGAUGACGGACGUUCGCAGGGCCGUCACCGUCACCGACCUCUCGUCCAAGAAUCGGAGACCAGCCGCGUCCCGCAAGCACACGCCCGUCAGCGGCCAGAAGCUCGGCCGGAGCGUUCGUGAGCGAGAGCGAGAGCGUCAGGACUCGUGGGCCGACGAGCGGGAGAGCUUUCCCCAGUACUGGUCCGUCCCCGCACCCCGAUCCGCCGUCGUGGUCGAGCCUUGCGUCGCUGACACGUCUCUCUCCCAUUCCAGCAUGACGUGCGAGAAACAAUUCAUCCCGCACGACGAAUGGUUUCUCUACUGUUCCGAAACAUGCCGGCGCGACGAUCAACAGAGCAGCUCCGCCUCCUCGCACGCCGCCACGGCCCGGCUCCGCGACGCAGCUGCCGACUUGGCUCCUCCGCCGUCGGGAAAGACGGAGCUCAAGGACAUCGUCCCUCGAGCGUCGCCUUCGAGGCCGACGUCGAUGCAUUACGGAAGCUCGCCUCCGGUCGAUAUGGAGAUGAAAGCGUCGUCGUCGGUCGCUCAUCACACGUCCGCUCUCUCGGCUCUUCGCUCUCUCCACAUCGGCCUGCCAAGCCCUCCAUCGCCGACGGGUGCCAGCUUCUGGCCAUUUGGACGCACCAUGGCGACGAGCCCCAGCAUCUCGUGCUCGAGGCCAUCGGCGCCGUACCUGUCGUCCUGUGACGGCGGCUACAACUACAACAAUAACCACAACUACAAAUACGGCGCAUAUCCGUACGACAUGGGGCCGAGCGCCAUCGAUCGGCCGUUGCCGUCGCGCCAUCCCAACAUCUACUCGCGGCCGCGGAGCAUCGAGCUGGUGAUGCCCAUCAUCAGUCGUUAA